UAACCUGCGGCCAUACCGCUCCCACAGGGGCGUUGCAAAGGAGGAAAGCACCGUUCCCGAAAGGUCUUGUGCCCCACUACAGCAUACGUGAGGACUGAGUGGACACCCACGCGUUUUGUCCGUGGGCUCUUGGUGUGCAAGUCUCAUCAGAUUGAAAAGAUCUGAGAGGAUGUUGCCGGACAUGUCCAGAUGUGGGGGUUAGGUUUAGACUCCCCCUGGAUCCGAGAGCCACGAUCCGGGCAUCUACGGAAAGGUCCGGCAGAGACGAAUGCGAUGCCGUUAGAAUGGAGUCUCUCGGUGGCUCCCCCGCCGAGCUGGGGGGCGACAAAGGGUCAGAACCCCCACAUCCUCCAGGGCCAUAUCUCGGGUAGGGAAAGGCCGGGAGAGGCGCGGGGGGCGUCGUCCGAGAGCCGUCAGCGUCGUCUACGACAUAUCUGAAGCCCAGGCCGCUGGGACACUAGGGGGCUAGGGGGCGGCGUAUUUGUCAAAAAUCAAUGUAAACUGAUAGGAUUAUGGAAGGCCACCAUAUUUUCACUAGUUAACAUGGGAUUAACCUUUGACCUCUUGGGGCGAAACGAAGGGGGGUGGUGACAGCCACGGUCCUUGGCUUCAGAUAUUGCCAGGGUUAGGAUGGGUUUCAGCCCCUCUGGAGGCCUCGGCGUCCCUUGUUCCGAGCUUGCCUCUCCAGCUCAGACUACAGAGAAGCUUUUUAGAUGCCAAGCUGCGGGCGGGGGAAGGGUCAACGAGCAAACGGUUUCGGCGACCGACACACACGAACCAGGCGUCUACGGAAAGAGGGGGUCACAGUGAGCGUGGAGACGGCGGAGGCGAAUCUCUAGGCGCCUCCCCCGCCCUGCUAAGGGCCGUCAAAUUCCGAAAAGGCUGCCAUCCAAAAUACAUGGUAACUGAUACAAAUAUGGAAGUCUUCCAACUUGUCACUAUUGACCAUGUAUUGGCACGGGCCUGGCUGGGACGGGGCUGGGACGGGGCACCCAUGCGUCCGCGGAGGCCCGGAGAAUGUCCACAUUAGACUUGGGGCAGCUUCCGGAUUCUGGACACUUCCAACUUGGAAGGGCAUAAGAAGCCAGCAUCCAGAAGCCCAGGCCGGCAGCGCUGGUCCGGGCUUCCUCAUUCUUCCACAUUCUCGCUUAACGGCGGUAUUUAGACUUGGGGCAGGUUCCGGAUUCUGGACACUUCCAACCUGGAAGGGCAGAAGUCGCCAGCAUCCAGAAGCCCAGGCCGGCAGCGCUUGUCCGGGCUUCCUCAUUCUUCCACAUUCUCGCUUAACGGCGGUAUUUACACUUGGGGCAGGUUCCGGAUUCUGGACACUUCCAACCUGGAAGGGCAUAAGUCGCCAGCAUCCAGAAGCCCAGGCCGGCAGCGCUUGUCCGGGCUUCCUCUUUCUUCCACAUUCUCGCUUAACGGCAGUAUUUAGACUUGGGGCAGGUUCCGGAUUCUGGACACUUCCAACCUGGAAGGGCAGAAGUUGGAAGCCUUCCACAUUUUCGCUUAAAGGCGGUAUUUAGGCUUGGGGAAGAUUCCGGAUUCUGGACGCUUCCAAAUAGUUGAAAAUGUGGAAUUGCUCAUAAGUUAAAAUGUGGAAUCUUCAACAUUCUCACGUUUUAACCUGUUGCUCCUCCCAGGCACACCCACCCUGUGGAAGCUUCCAGAGUGUCUACAGGAAGUACCGCAGAGUGGAGAGGAGGAAGGCUGGUGGCUGCACAGUCUCCUUUUGUGCUAAAAACACAGGAACAAGGCUGCGUGUCAGCCUGAGAACAUGGUGCCAAGCUUGCCGAAGCUGUGUGCGCUAUGCUAUCGCAGCUAUUCGAGACUGAAGCAGCACCUGCAAUGUGCACACACUGUACCGAACAGUGCCGAGCUGGCGCUGCUGGUCAAGUAUGGCAAUGCCAGAACUUCGAGGCCGUUGGACUGUCCAAUCUGUUCCAGGGAACGCCUCGUGUGCCUGGACAAACACCUCCUGGAUUUCCACCAAAUCAUGUCAGCUGCGGAACGAGAGCCAAUAAUGAUAGAGGCGAGGAGGCUUGCCAUCGCCCGAGAGUUUAUCGACCUCCGGGCAACUGACCUCUAUCCGCCCAUGGUCUCCACUCUUGGCGCUCUCAGUGAGCCAGAUGACGAUGGAGCUAUGAAUCUGACCGUGGAAUCCUCCGCGGCCAGCAUGAGCAGCAGCGCCGAGCAAGCCACCCGGGUGGUGCAUCCCGACUCAUCCGGACAGCCGGUCCAACCACCUACCCCUCUCAAGAGUACAUGGCAUAUCAGCCUGGAGAAAGAGAACAUGGAGGAGGAAGAAGAGGAGAAUGUGAUGUUGGUGGAGAAAGAAGAAGAAGAAGGUGAAGACAUGGUAAUAGUGGAGGAGGAUGAGAUAGUGGAGGAAGAGGUGGUGGAGGAGGAGGAGAGGGCCACAGCAUCAGCGGAGGAGGAGCAGGAGCAUGGUCCAAUGACUUCGGCUCAGCCGUCCAGCCCGUCCAGUUGUCAGCUUUACAGUUCCCAGACGAAGGAGAGGAAUAACAGUAAUCCGUCAUCCUGCUGCAACUGUAAAUGUCUGGAACUGCAGAAGCGGGUGGACGCGCUAGAAGCCACCUUGAAGAAGAUGUCAAAGGAAGCUCCAGCAGCGGCUAGGACAUCCUCUGACAUCCAGUCGACGACACCUGAGAAGCGCACGCGGCAGGAGACGCUUCAAAAGACCCCCGAUUCUGCCUGCAAAGGAGAGCAAGUGCUGAAAGGCGGAAUGAAGGGGACGCUGUAUGAAAAGGCCAUUGAUGACCUGCGGGAGUUCAAAUUGUCAGGCCGGAAUGACCGGAAAGCAAUCGACAAUGCAAAGCAGGUCGCUACUCAUUGCUUCCGGUUCUGUUAUUACAUGGUGGGUAGCCUGCCUGAAAGCGCCACAAAGCAGGACUUGCGAUUUCUUGCCCGGAUGGACAAGCUCAGGAAACAACCAACUUGAUUCGGAGCAGGAAGUUAGCUCCCUUUAUGCCGCCAAGAGACGGAUCCCUAUGCUGAUGGACGCCAUAGACAAAGAUGGAUUCGAAAAGAACGAACACUCUACUCUCAUGGGUUACUUGAUGGGUUACCUAUGUAUAAUCAGUGGCCACCGGUCAGUGGUGCUGACAAGCAUGACAAAGGAGCAUGUGGCCAAUGCGGAUCAGUGGAAUAAUGGCACGAUAUUCCAGGUCUUGGUGGAUGAGCACAAGUCCGUCAAGAGUUUUGGACAGGCGUCACUGGUGCUGAAUUGCGUGGAAUUCAGCUGGCUUCGCUGGUUCCACGACGGAAAAUGCUGCCCCAGAGGAAAGGACAGUGCCAAUAUCUUUCACACAAUCCAGGGGUGCAGGUUAACCAAACCAUCGAACUUCCUUCAUCUUGCAUGAACUGACGCCGGGCUCAAGGGCCCCGUCAGUUUUAACUUGAUCCGCAGGAGCAU